AUGGUCCUGGAGAAAUCGAAACAAAAAAGUUCUACACUCAAAUAUGCCACAGAAGAGUUGAAAAAAAACAAAGAAAUUGUUAUCGAAGCAGUGAAACAAAAUGGUUCUACACUUAUACAUGCUGCAGAAGAAUUGAAAAAAGACAAAGAAAUUGUUCUAGAAGCUGUCAAACAAAAUGGGUCUGCACUUGAGUAUGCUGCAGAAGAGUUGAAAAAAGACAAGCAAUUUAUUCUCGAAGCGGUCAAACAAAAAAGUUCUACACUCAUAUAUGCUGCAGAAGAAUUGAAAAAAGAUAAAGAAAUUGUUUUCGAAGCAGUGAAACAAGAUGGUACUGCACUUGAAUAUGCUGCAGAAGAGUUGAAAAAAGACAAACAAUUUAUCCUCGAAGUAGUGAAACAAGAUGGUGUUGCACUGGGGUAUGCUGCAGAAGAAUUAAAAAAAGACAAAGAAAUUGUUUUCGAAGCAGUGAAACGAAAUGGUAUUUCACUUGAAUAUGCUGCAAAAGAGUUGAAAAAAGACAAAGAAAUUGUUUUCGAAGCAGUGAAACAAGAUGGUACUGCACUUGAAUAUGCUGCAGAAGAAUUGAAAAAAGAUAAAGAAAUUGUUCUCGAAGCAAUGAAACAAAAUAGUUAUGCACUUAUGUAUGCUGCAGAAGAGUUGAAAAAAGACAAACAAUUUAUCCUCGAAGUAGUGAAACAAGAUGGUAUUGCACUUGGAUAUGCUGUAGAAGAAUUGAAAAACGAUAGAGAAAUUGUUCUCGAAGCAGUGAAACAAAAUGGCUCUGCACUUAUGUAUGCUGCAGAAGAAUUGAAAAAAGACAGAGAAAUUGUUUUCGAAGCAGUGAACCAAGAUGGUACUGCACUCGAGUAUGCAGCAGAAAGGUUUAAAAAAGACAAAGAAAUUAUUUUCAAAGCAGUGAAACAAAACGGUUUAGCACUUGAAUAUGCAUCAGAAAGGUUUAAGAAAGACAACAUACUUGUUCUCGAAGCAGUGAAACAAAAUGGUUUUGCACUUAUACAUGCUGCAGAAGAAUUGAAAAAAGACAAAGAUGUUGUUUUCGAAGCAGUGAAACAAGUAACUUUGAACCUAGCGUCAACCAAAGAAAAUAAUCAUCAUCGCAUUUCUCAAGAAUUGAAUGAUUUUAUUUCGGAAGAUUUAGCAAUUGAUGAUAGCUUUAAGAAUGAGGUUGACAGAAUCAUUGACAUGAGCAUUCAAGUUUGUUCACAAGAGGUUGACAAAGAAAAACGAUACACUUUGCUCAACCAGAAGCUAUUCCACGAACCACAACCAACCAAACUGCCUGAACAAAUGUCGAGCAUAUCCCAACCAACAACAAUGUCUCCCCAACCAUCCAACAUCUCCCAACGACUUGUGAUUAAACUCGAAGAUGAGUUUGGGACAAGAAUGAGCAGAGUGACUAUUGACAGCAAUAAUUUAUUCUUGUCUCUGAUGGAACAAGUGAAGAAUUCGUUUAUACAAUUACAAGACCAAGCAAUGACCUUGACUUAUUUUGAUCCAACUUUCGGGGAUAUGGAUGUCAAGAACGACCAUGAUGUGAAAGAUUGUCUCGCACUCUUCCAAGAUUCAUCUCUUGAAAACAAGAACAAAUUUAUCAAAGUUCAUGUUACGAAUCGAUCUCACAAAUUGUCGUCACAACAUUCAAUAGGUUCUUCCAACAGCACCAAGGACUACUCUGAAAGUACUCAAUCAUUCCAGAGCCAUGAAACGAAACGAUCAGACACAAUUCACUCGUUUUCAUCACAGCACUCAAUGCUUCCGGGCUCAAGCUUUGGAAUUCACUCGGCCAAGAAUGUGUGCAAUUUUGAAUCCAAUGAUGGAAAUAUUUCCACGAGCACAGAAACUCUAAAUUCUUCUCCAACUUUCAGAGAGCUUUCGAUCAUAGACAAGUAUUUGAAAACCAAAUAUGAACAGAUUGUGUUUAUAGACAAUGGAGGAUUUGGAAAUGUCUAUCGAGUGGUGGAUUUGAAAACCAAAAAAUGCAAAGCAUUGAAACAACUCCAAGUGGACAAUCCCUCAACUCUAAAUGACGCAUUUAAGGAAGCGUUGACUAUGGCCAAAAUGAAACAUGUUAAUAUUGUUCAAAUUUACGAUGCAUUCAUUCCCAAUAUUACUUCACGUGUAUGCAUUGAAAUGGAGCUGAUGCAAGGAAGUUUAAAGUCGCUUUUCAUUGAUAAGAAAAUUAGGUUAUCAGAAAAUAUAUUGAGACAAUUAACGAAACAAGUCUGUGAAGCGUUGGAUUGGAUGUUUAGUGAAUAUGGAAUUUUACAUCGUGAUAUUAAGCCUGGAAACAUUUUGGUGAGAAAUUUUGAUGUGAAAGAGGAGACUAUCCAAGUGGCAUUGGGUGAUUUUGGUCUUUCGAAAUCCAUUGAUUUGAUUUCUACUAAUGGCUCUCAGGUUGGAACUCUGUUGUUCAUGGCUCCAGAAUUACUACAUACGAAUUUCCAACAACGACAAUACAAAGAAAACAAAUCAUUCUCUGUUGGAAGUGAUAUGUUUGCAUUGGGAGUGACCUUAUUUCAAUUAAUGUCCAUGAACACGACCACUGUAUUGUCUCAAUAUUAUGAAAUGGGAGGAAACGACAUUGAAAAAUUUAUUUUGAUGAAAAUUCCACAACCCAGUCCAUACUCUACUGAAUUUGUUGAGCUCGUUGCAAACAUGCUUAAAUUGAAUCCAUUGGAAAGAAUUCUUCCAAAACAAGCGAUUUCUAAAUUGAUGCAAUAA